UCGCCAGUCUUGUAGUAGCGGGCGAGCGGCCGGCUGCUUGUUGCAGUGUGCGGGUCGAACUUAUACACUCGAGUUCGCGGUCAUAGGCUCGAACGAACAUCGAAAUCGACGGUCAGUGCGGUGACCAUGAUGAUGGACAACGGGGUGAUAACAAAUCAUUAUGACGGGGUGUAUGGGGAUGGAUAUAUGGAACAGGAGGAGGAGUGGGAACGUGAGGGUCUUUUAGACCCGGCCUGGGAGAAACAACAAAAAAAGACUUUCACAGCGUGGUGCAACAGCCACCUCCGUAAAGCCGGCACAGGCAUCGAGAACAUCGACGAAGACUUCCGCAAUGGCCUCAAGCUCAUGUUGUUGCUGGAAGUCAUCUCAGGAGAGACUCUGCCGAAGCCAGACCGCGGAAAGAUGCGAUUCCACAAGAUCGCCAAUGUUAAUAAGGCCCUUGACUUCAUUGCAUCAAAAGGUGUUAAGUUGGUGUCUAUCGGCGCAGAAGAAAUCGUCGAUGGCAACCUGAAAAUGACAUUGGGUAUGAUCUGGACAAUCAUCUUGCGGUUCGCCAUCCAAGACAUCUCAGUUGAAGAAAUGACCGCUAAGGAAGGUCUCCUGUUGUGGUGUCAACGUAAGACAGCCCCCUACAAGAACGUGAACGUCCAAAACUUCCACCUCUCGUUCAAGGACGGUUUGGCCUUCUGCGCUCUCAUCCACCGGCACAGACCUGACCUGAUCGAUUACAGCAAGCUCUCCAAAGACAAUCCGCUGGAGAACUUGAACACCGCAUUCGAUGUCGCCGAGAAAUACCUGGAUAUUCCACGCAUGUUGGAUCCUGAUGAUCUGCAGAACACUGCGAUGCCGGAUGAGCGUGCUGUAAUGACCUACGUAUCGUCGUACUAUCAUUGCUUCUCUGGCGCACAAAAGGCUGAGACGGCUGCCAACCGUAUCUGCAAAGUGCUCAAAGUGAACCAGGAGAACGAACGUCUUAUGGAGGAGUACGAACGCCUCGCUAGCGAUUUAUUGGAUUGGAUCCGUCGCACUAUGCCCUGGCUGAACAGCCGCCAGACAGACAACUCGUUAGCUGGCUGCCAGAAGAAACUUGAAGACUAUCGUACUUACAGGCGCAAGCACAAACCUCCACGCGUAGAGCAGAAAGCAAAGUUGGAGACCAACUUCAACACUCUGCAAACCAAGCUGCGUCUAAGCAACAGACCCGCAUACAUGCCUACCGAAGGCAAAAUGAUUUCUGACAUCGCUGGAGCCUGGAAGGGACUGGAAGUUGCCGAGAAGGCAUUCGAAGAGUGGCUCCUGAGUGAAAUGAUGCGUUUGGAGCGACUUGAAUAUCUUGCUCAGAAGUUCAAGCACAAAGCUGACAUCCAUGAGGACUGGACCAGAGGCAAAGAAGAGAUGCUUCAGUCGCAAGACUUCCGUCAGUGCAAACUUUACGACAUCAAGGCUCUGAAGAAGAAGCACGAAGCCUUCGAGUCUGAUCUCGCCGCGCACCAGGACAGAGUUGAACAGAUUGCAGCCAUCGCUCAAGAACUAAAUACUCUGGAGUACCACGAGGUGGCGAGUGUGAACGCACGUUGCCAGCGCAUCUGCUCGCAGUGGGACCGCCUGGGUGCUCUCACCCAGAGGCGCCGCGCGGCCCUCGACGACGCUGAACGCCUGCUGGAGCAGAUCGACCUGCUGCAUCUGGAGUUCGCCAAGCGAGCUGCGCCCUUCAACAACUGGUUGGAUGGCACCCGAGAGGAUCUCGUAGACAUGUUCAUUGUGCACACCAUCGAAGAGAUCUCCGGUCUCAUGGAUGCCCACGCUCGCUUCAAGGCCACCCUUGGUGAAGCCGACAAGGAAUACCAGGCAAUAGUCAACUUAGUACACCAAGUGGAGUCUAUUGUAAAACAACACCAAAUUCCUGGAGGCUUAGAGAACCCCUACACAACUCUAACUGCACACGAAUUGAACCGCAAAUGGUCGGACGUGCGGCAAUUAGUGCCGCAGCGUGACGGCACACUCGCGGCAGAACUCCGCAAGCAGCAGAACAACGAGAAUCUGCGGCGGCAGUUCGCGGAGAAGGCCAACGCUGUUGGACCUUGGAUCGAAAGGCAGAUGGACGCUGUCACAGCUAUCGGCAUGGGCUUGCAGGGCUCGCUAGAAGACCAGCUUCAUCGUCUGAAGGAGUACGAGGCAGGCGUGUACGCGUACAAACCACAUAUCGAAGAGCUGGAGCGUAUUCACCAGGCUGUGCAAGAGGGCAUGAUCUUCGAGAACAGAUAUUCGCAAUACACAAUGGAGACCCUGCGCGUUGGAUGGGAACAGCUACUGACGUCAAUUAACAGAACAAUCAACGAGGUGGAGAACCAAAUCCUCACCAGAGACUCCAAGGGUAUCACUCAGGAGCAACUUACAGAGUUCAGAGCCUCGUUCAACCACUUUGACAAGAACCGUACAGGACGACUGUUGCCAGAAGAGCUCAAGUCAUGCUUAGUAUCAGUGGGAUACAGCAUCGGAAAGGACAGGCAAGGGGAGCUUGACUUCCAACGUAUUCUGGCUGUGGUAGACCCCAACAACACUGGUUAUGUGUCAUUCGAUGCGUUCUUGGACUUCAUGACUCGGGAAUCAACAGACACAGACACAGCGGAACAAGUUAUCGACAGCUUCAGGAUUCUUGCUGGAGACAAGCCAUAUAUAACCGCAGAGGAGUUACGUCGUGAGCUGCCUCCCGACCAGGCGGAGUACUGCGUGUCCAGGAUGCCUCCCUACCGCGGGGUGGGAGCUCCUCCCGGAGCACUCGACUACAUGUCGUUCUCUACCGCUCUCUACGGAGAGACCGACCUCUAACUACCUAUGUCGUAAAAUGGUCAACAAAUAUCAAGUUAUAUUCGACAAAGAAGAGACGACCUAUGAAGAAGUGUUAUCUGCAGAUAGCCGUUGUAUGGAAUAUGAAUUAUCAUAUACACAGAUUUAAUUUAUUAAUAUAGAAGUAUAUAUAACUUCCCUUGUAUUGAUCAUAUCUACGCCCUACCUAUGGUCAAUUCAAGUGAAUAAAAUUUUAAUAACUUAUUACCUUCAUCAUUUUUUAGUUAUACAUGUGCAAUGUUCAAACCAAAAAUUUCAUCUUUUUUAAAUUGUACUGGGAACUGUGAAGUUUUGGCUCAAAUCAGACAAAUCGUUUUGUAAAACUUAUUUAUACUAGAGUUAGGUAUUUUUAUCUUUUAUACGAAAUCAGGGAAGUCACAAAAUGUUAUUUAUAAGUUAUAAAUGGUGCUAAAUAAGGCUUCACUGCUAUCUGUCACCGAAGAAAGACUUGUCUAUGAGGGUUUCUUUUAUAUUUAUAGGUGAACAUUAUUUAUAUACCUACCAAUAUAUAAUAACUGCCAUUUGUAAUUUGUUUCGAUGGUAGGCUACUCAUAGAGUCAUCAAAUAGUAAACUGCGAGGAUAUAUAACAAAUAUAUUGCCAAACCUUGCCUCCAUUUAUUUAUUGUCAUUGUAAUACUAUCGUUUGUGUGAGUAUUUUUGGUUGAGUACUCAAAAUAAAUGAUCUGCCAUAUUUAAGUCUAUUAAUAAUGACUGUGUUGUUAAUUCAACCGUUUAUAUUAUUAUGAAGAGGAAGCGGAACGUAGAUUAAGAAUUAUGUGCCCAAAAAGUAUACUAACUCGAAUGUACAGCUAAAUUAAAGAGCUCUUAAAACA